UUAUUUCAGUAUUCACGUCACAGAUGAUAAGAGCCGCUGGAAGUCAGUUCUUGAGGGAUGGAGGUGAUACAAAUUAAAAGUUUUCACCUUCCCGAGAAAGACGAAGUAUACAUGAAAGUCGAAGAGAAAUACUUACAAUAGCUAUUAUUGUUUUAAAAUAAAAUACUCAACAUGUCACACGAUAUACGGUCGUAUUUUCCACCUAAGGCUGGAAGUGAGGCGAAAGGUAAAUGUAAAGAAAUGAAAGUUAAUGUGGAACGCCGACAUCGAAAGAGGCAAUUGGUUUGCAUAGAUUCGGAUUCCGAUGAGGAUAUUUUACCGUCGCAGGUGAAGAAACACGAAAGAAAGAGCGGAAUUUCAGUGAGUUGUGUCAGAGGUGUUACACAGAAGAAUAGUAAGAGCAUAUCCAAACCCGAAUUGAAACCUAUUGAUGUAGCAGAUGUGUUUGGUAACAGCCAGAUUAAGAGAACCGCAUCUAAGAAGGAUGAGGUAAAGAAGGUCAUGAAAAAUGUUACACCUCAGCUGGAGAAUCUGCAUUCAGAUUCAGAAUUUGUAGGAACAUUACAAGAGCUGGAUGAACGGAAGAACUUUUGUAAAAAGGAAAAUGAGAUAACGCCAGUGAAAGAAAAGCAGAAACAUGCACUGCAUACAUCAGAAUUCAGUAAAAGUGCUCUUGAUUCUUAUAAAAUACCCAGAAAUGCUAUGAAAGAGACACCAAAUAAAACUGACAUAAAAUUACUAGCUCAGAAGGAGGAGAGCAGAGAUAAAGAAACUACCAGCCUCAUAUCACAGCCUGAAACUUCUCCAGAUUUACCCAAGAAAAUUAAAGGAAAUGAAUAUCUGAGUACAGAAAAUGGAACUCAACAAGAGAAAGCUGUAAGGUCACCAGCUUCUGUGAAAAGAUGUGACAUUAGUUCUGAUGAAGAUGUGUAUGAGAGAAAGAGGCAACAUGCUAUGCAAUACCAGAGAUAUUUACAACGAGAGGGCCCAAAAAAUCCAGGGGGGAAGGAGGUGCCACAGGGGAGACCAGGCUGCUUGUCAGGGCUGGUGUUUGUUGUGACAGGAGUGUUGGAGACAAUUGAUCGAGAAGAAACUAGUUCUCUCAUAAAACAGUGUGGUGGUCGCGUGACUUCCAGUGUUAGUCGCAACACCAACUACCUUGUUGUGGGAGAAGAACCUGGUCCAGCAAAAAUAGAGAAGGCAGCAAAAUUAAACACACCACAUCUAACCGAAGAUGAACUCUUUGCUCUUAUUCGAGCAAGGUCAUGCUUACCAGACACAGAAAGGCUGUCAAAGGAUUCAGAGGAAGUUAUUAAAAAGGAUGAGAAAAUUAAACAUAAGGAUAACUUGAGCAGAAAUGAUAUUACACAUGGAACCAGAAUAGAGACAUCGAAAAGUAUCAAGAAAAACAUUAAGAAAGAAGAAACAGAAAUGCCUGUUCUAGAAAAGCAAGAUAUUUCACUAUCACCUCCAAGUGCAAGGAACACCACUUUCCAACGUCAUUCACUGUGGGCUGACAAAUAUAAGCCUGUAUCUACAAAACACAUCAUAGGGCAACAAGGUGAUCGCAGCAAUGUGAAGAAGUUAAUCAAGUGGCUGCAAAGUUGGCACUCUAAUCACUCAGGAAAGAAGAAGCUUGUAAGGCCAAGUCCAUGGGCCAAAGAUGAAACUGGAUCCUACUUCAAAGCUGCAUUGUUAUCAGGUCCACCAGGUGUUGGGAAAACAACAACUGCACAUCUUGUUUGUGAAGAACUUGGAUUUGAUGUUGUGGAAUUUAAUGCAUCGGAUACAAGAUCAAAGAAGUUGCUACAUGAAGAAGUGUCUGAGUUGCUGAACAACAAGUCACUGUCUGGAUAUUUUCAGGGUGCUGCAGGAAGAAAGCCAACAGAAAAUCAUGUUCUGAUAAUGGAUGAAGUUGAUGGCAUGGCAGGCAAUGAGGAUCGAGGUGGCAUGCAAGAACUUAUACAGUUGAUUAAGAGUUCUCGAGUACCAGUGAUCUGUAUGUGCAAUGAUCGUCAUCAUCCAAAAAUCAGAAGCCUCACAAAUUAUUGCUUUGAUCUCCAGUUCAGUAGACCCAGUGUCAAACAAAUAGGGGGUGCUAUGAUGUCCAUUUGUUUUAAGGAGGGAAUAAAAAUGUCCCCUGAGACUUUGAAUGAUAUAAUCACUGGUACAAAUCAUGAUGUUCGCCAAGUCCUGCACCACCUUUCAGUGUGGUCUGUGAAAGAUAAACAGCUUUCUUUUGAAAAUAUCAAAGAAGAAUCUUUGAAAGCCAAGAAGGAUGUUAAGCUGGGGCCUUGGGAUGUCGUGAAGAAAGUGUUCUCAGCAGAUGUCCACAAGUCAAUGUCAAUUCAUGAUAAGUCAGACCUCUUCUUCCAUGACUACAGUCUAGGGCCUCUCUUUGUACAAGAGAAUUAUUUGGGAGUGAUGCCCCAUAAAAGCAGGAACAACAGGAAGAGACAUUUGGAACUUGUUGCUCAGACAGCAGAGAGCCUCAGUUCAGGGGAUAUGGUAGAAAAAACCAUCAGAAGUAAAAGUGCAUGGAGUCUGUUGCCUGCACAGGCCAUAUUUUCAAGCGUUUUGCCUGGUGAUUUAUUGGAAGGCCACUUCACUUGCCAAAUCAACUUUCCAGCAUGGCUGGGAAAGAACUCGCGCAGAAGUAAGUUCCAGCGACUUCUGCAAGAACUUCAUGGACAUAUGAGGCUUAAUAUCUCUGGCAGCAAGGAAGCAGUCAACUUGGACUAUAUGACACAUUUGCGAGAUGCAAUAUCUGGGCCCCUAAUUAAAGAUGGCGUAGAUGGAGUUCCAGCUACACUUCAUGUCAUGCAGGACUACUAUCUGCUGAGAGAAGACAUCGACAGUUUGAUGGAACUCAGCUUGUGGCCCAAUCAGAAAGACCCAAUGUCCCUUGUCGACAGCAAGGUUAAAGCAGCUUUGACACACAGAUUCAAUAAGGGAGGUAUCAUGACACCGUACUCUAUUGUAAAAAUCAAGAACUCUGCAUCAAAGUCCAGCCAGGACUUGGAAUUUGAUGGUGAUGAGCAGGAUGUUGGAGAGGAAGAGGAGGAGGAGGAAGGCAUUACAAGGGAUGCAAUGAUCAAGGUCAAAAAGCGAAACACCACAACACAGAAUCCUGCACCAGGAAGAAGUGGGGCAAAGAGGAGAAAAGUUGAUAACAAAGAAGUUAGAAAGAAAAAUGAUAAACACGAAAGGAAGUAGGAAAGCUUUAAAGAACUUUUCUACUUGGCAUGCUAAUAUUAGUUUUCCAGUAACUACAUGUAAGUGAUACUGCUGCAGUAAUUUUCUUUUGUUUGAAAUGUAUCAUGAUGUAUUUACAGUAUUCCAAUUGCCAUUUUUAUACGUAUGGUUUAUACUGUGGAAAUCUGGCUUUGGCAUCAAAGUGGGCAUUUGUAUUAUAUGCAGGAGAUUGUUUGAUUUGUAUGUAAUACUCUGUAUCAGGACGCAGAUAUUCGCACAUGAGAUUUUAGGUUCUCACAGUGGUGAAUAUUAAGAUUAUAGUCUUCUAGGAUGUGGAGAAACCUGCUUCCUCCAUAUUCCAAAUGCACCCCAGAGUCUAAUGGCACUGGUUGACUGAGGGUCUCAUUGCAAUGCAGCCAGUGCUUGUGCCAAUCCCUGCAGGUCUUAAUACUGUACCCUGAGGAUGAAGGCAGAACAUUCCUCAGUAAUUUGCUAGACCACAUGGAGUCAUGUCCCAGAAGACAAUAAUCUUCAUUGUCACUACCCCAAGAACCUCAUAUAUUUGGGAUAAGAAAGUGCUGUUUCAUUCCAUGGUUUUUCUGGGAUUAAGUUUUAUAAGUAUAUCACACAUUUAUGUGGUUUUUGCACUACAUUUUGACAGUGGUUUCCAUUUCCAGAUAUAUGGAAAGCCUUGGAACUAGUAAACUAUACAAAGAUUAAAUAUAUGGGAUAAAAGUAACAUUAAUAUGUCUGUUUAUGGCUGCUGAGCUUUGUAAGACCUUUCUUUAUGAUGAACACUCAUGAUUAUAAAUAAAAAUAUGUUUUGAAUGUACUUUACAAAAUGUUGGAUAGUGACUGAAGAUUUCUGUCUUCUGGGAUGUAGUGGUAUGUUUUCCGGUGAAAGCCAGGGUAACUCGUUUGAUAUAGCUAUGCAUUGGAUGGCCAGCAGAGGCAAGAGAUUUUUCUCUUCUCUGCAUCACCCACACUGGCUCUGGGACUCACCCAGUAUCCCUUGGAUGAGGGAAGUGACUGGGACAUGAAUCUAUUCACUCAGCUCCAUCUGUUGCUGAGAUCAAAAAUGAUGGAGGUUACCUCUACUGACCAACAUGCCCUCAUGAACAACUUUACUUUAUCUUCAGUAGCUAAGAGUAAGCCAAGGAAGAAAGCAACUUGAAGCAGGCAGAAAGUAGAGUGCUUGCUGCAUGCUUCAUGCUGCUUCCUUGCUAGGUUUUUAUUUCUCAACCCAGAAGAGGCAAGCAGCAUGUUCCUCUGAAUGUCAGAGGCCCAAAACUGAAAGUUUCAGAAAAUAAAAAGAUGAUUUUAGAUCAUUUGAAA